CAGCCUUUUUUUUUUAUUAGAUCAAUUGUCAAUUACUUUGUGUGCCUAGUUAUGAUCGUAGUUACAAUGUUUAUAUUUUCCCUAUUGGUUUGUAAUCGGAUCUUUUAGCGUCACCACGCGCAUAUAAAAGCUAAGUUAGCGUCCCUAUAAGCCAGAGUUUCGCAAGAUUUCGCCUUGAACAGCAGUAACUUCGUUCUUUCGUUCCAAACCCUUGGCACAAGCGGGACCGAUAUUAUAAAGAAGCCAAGCUGAGCGCUAGAAAUUAAACCUUGUCAGAUUGUAUCAGGAGAAAGUCGGGGAAGGAGGAACACAGCAUAGAGAAAACCUCAAUUCAGUGCAGAGUGAAUAACUGGAGGUAUGAAAUUCUUUAAAAAACAGAUGAGGGUUAUUCGUUUUGCAGCCGUUUUCCUUUUCAUUGCUUCACAGUCCUAUAUCCAUUCUGUGGUCUCAGUCGGUUUGUUUGAACCUAGAAGAGACAAUGCGCUUUUGAGUAAACGAUUCCUCCCUCAAGCAGAACAAAAAAAACCCGACAAAAGAACUCCUUUGUUUGAUCCACAAGCGGAAAAUCCUGAGCCAGGUAAAGCUUUGAACACUAAGAGAUUGGCCUCGCAAGCAGAAGCAGAAAAACCAGAAAAGGAGGCCCUUUUGGACAACCUAUUUGAUCCACAAGCCGAGAAGCCCAAGGAGAAGAAGAAGAAGAAGAAGAUGGGCCCAAGGAGUCAUCGAUUGACUGCUCGAUCAGAACAUGCAUAUGCUGACAAAAUGCCACCUCCGGAAAACAUGUUUGAUUCACAAGUCCAUCAGGACCAAGAUGCUUGUAUGUGGCGGUGUCAGGAAUGGUGUCGACAGCGAUGCCAAUCAUCUGGCAACGAAGAAUGCCUCGAUGGUUGCCUUAACGUCCGUGGCCACAGGUGGAGGAGAUGUAUUAAUAGAUGCAAGAGAGGAGACAUGGAUCGGCCUGGAGGAGACAAUGAGGAAGAGGAAGAGGAAGAGGAGGAAUAUAUGAGUAUGGAUAUGGGCUAUUAAGGAAAACAUUAAACACGGAAGACGAUACUGCAAAAUCUGAAUUGAAUUUAUUGUUGGAGGUCGCUGAGCGUGAGCUGACAAAAAAUAUUCACGAGGUCUUGAUAUUAUAUCAAUAAAAUCUAGUUUCAAAUGCUUAAAA